AUGGUUGGCUUUGUGGAUCUCUUGGUCGGCGCCUGCCUUCUCCCGGCAGUCUAUGGCGCAAGUUCGACGCCUUCGCCAAGCGCCACCACUAGCUCCGCUUAUCACCAAUUCAGUCUCCCUGCCUCUGCUGACACGGGAGCGAACUUGAUCGCUAACAUCGAUGACCCCGAGGCUAUCAAUGCUCAAUCCGCCUGUCCUGGAUAUAAGGCGUCUAAUGUGCAAAAUACAACUAGCGGGGUCACGGCGACCUUGCAGCUGGCUGGUCAGGCUUGCAAUGCCUAUGGAACGGAUAUCGAGUCUCUGGACCUGACGGUCGAGUACCUUGCAAAAGAUCGCUUGAACAUUUUGAUAACCCCCAGUCAUGUUGAUGAUUCUAACGUCUCUUGGUACCACCUCGACGAGCAUGUUGUGCCUCGUCCCUUGGCAGACAAGAGGGGUGCCUCGGACGUCAACAACGAUCUCGAAUUCACAUGGUCUAAUGACCCUUCUUUCAGUUUCACGGUGAGCCGCAAAGACACUGGCGAUGUGCUCUUUGACACCGUUGGCUCUGUCUUGGUGUACCAAAACCAGUUUAUUGAAUUUGUCACUGCUCUUCCCGAUAACUAUAACCUGUAUGGUCUCGGAGAGCAUAUUCAGCAGCUGCGCCUUCUGCCAAAUGCCUCGCUGACCGUCUAUAACGCCGAUGCUGCGGACCCAAUCAAUAGUAACAUAUAUGGAACUCAUCCAUUCUACCUGGAUACACGUUACUACGAGACCGAUGAUCAAGGAAACAUGACUCCCGUUUCGAGUGAUGAUGCGGAUCCCACCAAGGACUAUGUCUCCUACUCGCACGGUGUUUUCCUGCGCAAUGCCCAUGGCCAGGAAAUUCUCACUGGAGCUCAGAACCUCACCUGGCGCACACUAGGUGGUAGCAUUGACCUGACCUUCUAUGCUGGUCCAACCCAGCCUGAGGUAACGAUGAACUACCAGAAAAGUACCAUUGGUCUGCCUGCUAUGCAGCAGUAUUUCACCUUUGGCUACCACCAGUGUCGCUGGGGUUACUCCAACUGGUCCAUGGUCGAGGAUGUCGUAGCAAACUUUGAAAAGUUCGAAAUUCCUCUCGAGAAUAUUUGGAACGACAUUGAUUACAUGAAGACUUGGCGUGACUUCGACAAUGAUCCCAUUCGUUUCUCUUACGGCGAGGGACGAGAAUUCCUGGAGAAGCUGCACAAGAGUGGCCGUCACUAUAUCCCUAUCGUCGACUCUGCUCUGUAUAUUCCUAACCCGCACAAUGCGUCUGAUGCCUAUGAUACCUAUACCCGUGGUGCGAAGGACGACGUCUUCAUCAAGAACCCCGAUGGAAGCACUUACAUCGGUGCUGUCUGGCCUGGAUACACCGUAUUUCCUGACUGGCACAACCCGAAAACUGGCGCCUUUUGGGCGAACGAGAUUGUCACUUGGCACGACAAGAUUCCCUUUGAUGGUAUCUGGAUUGAUAUGAGCGAAGUGUCAUCCUUCUGUGUCGGAAGCUGCGGGUCUCACAACCUUAGUCUCAACCCCAUCAUGGGCACCACUCUUCCUGGAACUCCUGGAAAUUUGGUUUUUGAAUACCCGGAAGGGUUCGAGAUUACCAACGCAACCGAGGCGGCUUCUGCUUCAGCGGCAUCGUCAAGCCAAGCUGCUGCUACUGCUGCCAGCUCGUCAUCCUCUCAGGAUUAUCUGCGCACGACUCCUACUCCUGGUGUGCGUGAUAUCAACCACCCUCCGUAUGUCAUCAACCACGUCCAGACUGGCCAUGACCUCGCUGUGCACGCCGUGUCUCCGAAUGCAACACAUUCGGAUGGGGUUCAAGAAUACGAUGUGCACAACCUCUUUGGCACCCAGAUCCUCAACGCCACUUAUCAUGGUCUGCUUGCUGUCACCCCUGAGAAGCGGCCAUUCAUAAUUGGACGCUCGACUUUUGCUGGCUCUGGAAAAUGGGCAGGCCACUGGGGCGGCGAUAACUACUCCAAGUGGGCGUACAUGUUCUUCUCCAUCCCCCAGGCUCUGUCUUUCUCCCUGUUUGGUGUACCUAUGUUCGGUGUCGACACUUGUGGCUUCAACGACAACACCGACGAGGAACUCUGCAACCGUUGGAUGCAGCUGUCUGCAUUCUUCCCCUUCUACCGAAACCACAACACCCUCGGCGCCAUCUCUCAAGAGCCGUACCAGUGGGAGUCUGUCAUCGAUUCCUCAAAGACCGCUAUGAAGAUCCGUUACGCUAUUCUGCCGUACAUAUACACUCUCUUCCACCUGGCACACACCACCGGAUCGACUGUCAUGCGCGCACUGGCUUGGGAAUUCCCGCAAGAUCCCUCACUCGCCGCAGUCGACACCCAGUUCCUCCUCGGUCCCUCGAUUAUGGUGGUUCCAGUCCUCGAGCCCCAGGUUGAUACUGUCAAGGGCGUCUUCCCAGGCGUGAAGCAGGGUGAAGUCUGGUAUGAUUGGUACACCCAGACUGCCGUCGAUGCCGAGCCCGGCGUGAAUACCACCAUCCCCGCUCCUUUGGGCCAUAUCCCCGUCUUUGUUCGUGGUGGAAGUGUCCUACCUAUGCAAGAACCUGCUCUCACCACCCGAGACGCCCGGAACACCCCGUGGUCCCUUCUUACCUCGCUCAGCGGCAAGGGUACUGCUUCUGGCCAGCUCUACCUCGACGACGGCGUGAGCGUCUCGCCUGACACUACUCUCGAUGUCGAGUUCCACGCAACCAACUCCAGCCUUAGUGCGAUGGCUUCUGGUAACUGGAAGGAGACCAAUCCGCUUUCGAAGGUUACUGUCUUGGGUGUGUCUCAGAAGCCUCACAGCGUGACUUUCAACGGCAAGGCUAUCCCCGCGUCGGCCGUGCAGUACAAUUCUACUUCGCACGUCUUGUCGGUGGGCGAUCUACAGAAUGCUACUUCUGAGGGAGCAUUUAGUAAAAACUGGGUUCUAAAGUGGUAA